AUGGGUAAUCAAAGAUAUCAGAAUCAUGAGGAUAUAGGUGACUCUGAUUAUAAUUCUGGUGAUUAUAAUGAUGGUAAUCCAUUUGGUGAAAACAACAACAAUAAUAAUAAUAGUAAUAGUAAUAGUUUAGGAGGUCACAGUUAUAGUCGUUCAUCAUCAGUAGGGACUACAAAACACGAAACACUACAAAUGCCAGAUUACUACGACGAAACAGAGGUCAUCAGACCAUCACACGGAAGUAAUUCCUACGGGAAGAAAAGUGGUAUCACUCAUGUACGUGGUAAACAUACAUUCACAGAGCAAGAGAAAGAAAAGAUGUCCCAAUUCGAGAGUUUAGAUUUCCCAGUUAUCGAUAAUCAAAUUUAUAGAGAUUUUCAUAAGAAAUCAACAAGAUUAAAUCAUAUAUUAAGAACAUUUGGUAAAUGGGCAAUUUGUUUUAUGAUUGGUGUGGGUGUUGGUUUAAUUGCAUAUAUUGUCAAACAAUCGGUAGAGUUUGUUCAGGAUUUUAAAUUUCAUUCUUCAGAGAAAUAUACACAGAAUGGUGGUAAAGUCAUUGGAUUCUUUGUUUAUUAUUCCAUCAAUGUGCUGUUCGGUGUUUUGGCGUCGCUUAUUAUCAUUCCAGUCGGUCAGAUUGCAUCGGGUUCCGGUAUUCCAGAGGUAAAGGGUUACCUCAACGGUAUUAGAAUUCCACACUCUAUGAAUGUGAGAACACUGAUUGGAAAGACGAUAUCUCUCAUUCUCGCUUAUUCAUCGGGAUUGAUUCUCGGUCCGGAGGGUCCAAUGAUUCACAUCGGUAGUAUGAUCGGUGGUGCCAUCGGUCAGGUGAAAUCGAAAACACUCAAGUGGUAUCCAAAGAUCUUCUGGCGUUAUCACAACGACCGAGAUCGCCGUGACUUUAUCUCGACGGGUGCCGCUGCAGGUGUUGCCGCUGCAUUCGGUGCGCCCAUUGGUGGUGUGCUGUUUGGUUUCGAGGAGGCCAGUUCGUUCUGGUCGCGUCAACUGACAUGGAGAACUUUCUUUGCCUGUUUGAUCGCCACUUUCACAACCAAUAUCAUUCUCCAAGGCUUCCAAGUGCAGGUGCACGAUUACGGUGUCUUGACAUUUGGAUUCUCACAGGAGUAUCUCUAUCGUUAUGUAGAGCUGCUGGCGUUCGCAGCUGUCGGUGUACUCGGUGGUUUGUUUGGUGCAUUCUUUGUCUAUCUCAAUGCGAGAUUAUCGCGUUGGAGAACUGAAUUCUUCUCUAGACUUCCCAUCUACACAAAGACAAUCGAGGUUUUCAUUAUUAUCACAUUGACAUCGGUUGUUCUCUUCACAUCGGCCGGUCUCACUGGCUGUAGAAACGAAGCCGAUGUCACCUAUCCAAUCGAUACAAUCACCGCACAGAAUAUCACAUUUGUCAGAUUCUUUUGUCCGGAGGGUCAGUACAAUGAUAUGGCUGGUCUCUCUUUUAACACACUCGAUGCAUCGCUGCGUCUGCUCUAUUCGCGUUCCGCUAAUCUCUUCUCGAUUCAAACACUCAUUGUAUUCACUGUUAUCUCAUUCAUCCUCACAACCAUCACCUCCGGUAUAAUGUUGUCGUCCGGUCUUUUCAUUCCGAUGAUGUUGAUUGGAGCGUCACUCGGACGUCUGGCCGGUCAGUUUGGCGCGCUGAUGUUCAAGCAUGCCAAUCCACCUAUCGAUCCAUCGAUCUACGCCAUGGUCGGUUCCUCAGCAAUGAUGGCAGGAUUCUCUAGAAUGACCAUUUCACUGGCGAUUAUUAUUGUAGAGUUGACCGAGGGAACACAGUAUAUGCUGCCUGUAAUCCUCUCGGUGAUGAUUGCCAAGUGGGUCGGAGAUAUCUUUAAUGAAUCAAUCUACGAACAUCUGAUGGAGCAGAAAUGCUAUCCUUUCCUGCCUACACAACCACCACAGUCGAUGUUACGCUUCGGAAUCACCGAUGUUAUGAAAACCGACGUUGUUACACUCUACGAAGUCGAGCGUGUGUCGCGAAUCAUCGAGGUGCUGCAGGCUGCCGACAAGCAUGCCGGUUUCCCGGUGAUCGAGAAGCACGGCUCCGCCAACAAAGAUGCCUACUCAGAGGACGGCAUCUACUGUGGAAUGAUCUUGCGCUCACAGCUGACCAUUCUGCUCAACUACAAGAUCUUCUGUCAGGAGCAACCACACAUACAAAACACAUAUCAGCGCGGAAAGAAUCAACGUCGUUGGGGAAAAGCUACCGACUACGGUCAUAUCCCUGCCGAUGGCAGAAUGAACUAUCAAAUAAUGACACAGGCGCUGGCAAGACACUUCCCACCCAUUAGCGAAAUGAACAUAACCAGAGAGGAAAUUGAAACUAUGUAUAUCGAUCUCAGACCUUACAUGAAUCUCAGUAGUGUGGUAGCAAAUGAAACAUUCUCAUUCCAAGAAGGAUACCAAUUAUUUAGAACAAUGGGACUCAGACAUAUGCCGGUUGUUAACAAACGAAAUGAAGUAGUUGGAAUUGUAACUAGAAAAGAUUUACUAUAG